AUGUUGAACAAGCAAUUUAUUCGUGGGUUUGCCUCUUCUGCCCCAGCUAGAAACUAUGCCAAUACCAUCAAGAAUUUAAAGAUCAAUAAAGACACCAAGGUUAUCUACCAAGGUUUCACUGGUAAGCAAGCUACCUUCCACGCCGAACAAGCUAUUGCUUACGGUACUCAAGUUGUAGGUGGUAUCAACCCAAAGAAGGCUGGUACUAUGCACUUGGACAGACCAGUUUUUGGUUCUGUUGCUGAUGCUAUGAGAGAAGCCGGUGCUACUGCCACUGGUAUUUUCGUCCCACCACCAGUUGCUGCUGCUGCCAUUGAAGAAGCUAUUGCUGCUGAAAUCCCAUUAGCUGUUGCCAUCACUGAAGGUAUUCCACAAAAGGAUAUGGUUAGAAUUGCUCAAAUUUUAAAGACUCAAGAUAAGACCAGAUUAGUUGGUCCAAAUUGUCCAGGUAUUAUUGCCCCAGAUCAAUGUAAGAUUGGUAUUAUGCCUUCUUCUAUCCACAAGAGAGGUAGAGUCGGUGUUAUCUCCAGAUCUGGUACUUUAACUUAUGAAGCUGUUGCUCAAACCACUGCUGUUGGUUUAGGUCAAUCUUUAGUCAUUGGUAUGGGUGGUGAUCCAUUCCCAGGUACUAACUUCAUUGAUGCCUUAACUUUAUUCUUAAAUGAUGCUGAAACUGAAGGUAUUAUCUUAAUUGGUGAAAUUGGUGGUAGUGCUGAAGAAGAAGCUUCUGAAUUCUUGAAGCAACACAACUUGACCAGACCAGAUGGUCCAAAACCCGUUGUUUCUUUCAUUGCCGGUGUCUCCGCUCCUCCAGGUAGAAGAAUGGGUCACGCUGGUGCCAUCGUUGCCGGUGGUAAGGGUGAUGCUAAAUCCAAGAUUGCUGCAUUAGAAUCUGCUGGUGUUGUUGUUGAACAAUCCCCAGCUAGAUUAGGUAAAUCCUUGUAUGAAGAAUUCAAGGUCAAGGGUUUAUUGUAA